UCAAGUUUCAAAGCGCUGUCACCGGCGCAACAUUUGAACUCGUAUGUAGAUGUAAAAGCUUAAAUUGAAAUAAAAUUUACUUAUAAUGUUUUUUGCUGAUACAUAUUUAUAAAAUAAAUUACCUCAGUCAAUUACUAACGAUUUUAUUACCUGUACUUCAUUUGUCAAAAAGAGAAAAAUUAAAGCAAAAAGAUGGGACCGCCGGUGAUCAACCUAGACAAGCCGAGGUAUGACCAGGGCACGUACAUGGGCCGCGCCAAACACUUCCUGCUGCUCACCAACCCGCUCAACUGCCUCGCGACCGACGCUGAGCUCGACGAGGCCAAGAAGAUAGUCAGUGAUUUCAAAAAAACGAAAAGAAUGCCGCCCGGCUACGACGAGGAGAAGCUGUGGCGGACGAAGUACCUGUACGACAGUGCGUUCCACCCGGACACGGGCGAGAAGAUGAUGGCCAUCGGCCGGAUGUCUGCGCAAGCGCCGAUGAACACGCUCAUCACUGGAGGAAUGAUAACGUUCUACAAGUCCACAGCGGCGACGAUAUUCUGGCAGUGGAUCAAUCAGACUUUUAACGCGGUCGUGAACUACACCAACCGGUCCGGCGACGCGCCUAUGCCCAAGUCACAACUUAUUGCAUCUUACUGCGCAGCGUGCGGCGGCGCCCUAAGCACUGCCUUGUUUCUCAACAGCAAAGUUAAGAACAUGCCGCCGAUAUUCUCGCGACUAGUGCCGUUCGCGGCGGUGUGCGGCGCCAACUUCAUCAACAUCCCCAUGAUGAGGAGCAGUGAACUAAUAAACGGCACCCCGAUCUUCACUGCCGACGGGCAACGCGUGGGGAACUCCAAAGUGGCCGCGCGCACCGGCAUCUCAUUGGUCAUCGUCUCCAGGGUCAUCAUGGCGCUGCCAGGCAUGACCUUAACACCUAUCCUAACGAACAUGGCCAUCCGCCGCGGCCUGUUCUGCCACUACCCGAUGAUGGCCAUCCCCUUCCAGCUGGUGCUGGUGGGCAUCUGCGUGACGUUCGCCACCCCCCUCUGCUGCGCUCUAUUCUCGCAAACUGCCGCCAUCAGCGCCGCCAAAGUCGACCCGGAAUUAAAGGACAUAGUUAAGGCCAAAUUUUACAAGCACAAGGAAUUUUAUUACAACAAGGGAUUAUAAGCGGAUAUAACGAGCUUCUUCGAUUGAGGUAUAAGACGUUCUCGUAAGCUAGAGUAAGGGAGUCAAGUAGUUUGACUUAUCGGUUUUCUUUUAUAACGUAUUCCUAAGGUACGAAAGUAUUUCGGGCCGCAUUUAAUUUGUUACUGGAUUUUACUCUGGCGCGACCUGCACUAGGUUGAUCUAAUAUGUGUAGGAAUUUUACAUUAUUUUAGAACAAAAUUCAACGUGUCUUCGCUGUCUUUUCUCCCAAUUCAUUGGUGUUAUUCUAAUAGCAAUAAAAUUUACAAAUAUUUGAGUAUUCAUAAACAGUCUCAAAAAUCAAAUACGUGAUAGGUACAGUCAGCAAUAUAUUUAGGUAUCCAUUUCGUCAUUUAUGAUCUGUAUGUCUCCAUAAAAUUGUAAAUACCGUUAGUGCAUAAUCGUAGAGAGGUUGUAAACCGUCGAGAAAUUGUGAACUGAUUUUAAAGUAACUGCCCGGUUGCGUGGACUUUUCAGUUUUACGGAGACAUAAGCAUGGCUUUUUAAAACAGCCAAAUUUUUACAGUUUUGGGUGACGAAAUAAAGCAGGUUUCCAAAGAAAUCUAUAGUAAAAAAUGUCAAUUCGUUUUUGCUCUUCCAUACAAAUUGGCCGGUAAUCUGAUCGGGCUUCGUAUGGCAAGCAGAAAAUUAUGUUUUUUUUUUCCACAAUACGUAAUUUGGAAGUUGUUGUAUUCCAUGCACCGAGCGUAUUGUAAAAAUUUGGCCGUUUCAAAAAGCAACUGUAAGUUCUCCCAAAUUGUCCCAAACACAUCGACCGCAUGGUCUUUUAUAAAAUGUAAAUGUAAUAUAAUGUAUAGCUGAAUAGCCACACAUUGUGUGUGACCUGUUUGUGUUGUCGACUGUACUUGCAAAGACCGUCAUUUAGCGUUUGACCAAUGAUGAAACAUAGUUGUUGUGUUGCUGGAUCUAUCCACAUUUUAUAUUAUUAUUUUAGUAUACAUUCCUCUUUAUGAUAACUAAGUAUUUUUACAUUUAAAUUGUUUACAACUUGUUACUUUAUUUAUAUUGUUUUAUAGUUAAUCUAAAAAGCUCGACAAUAUUUAUUUUCGAAUUAGCUAAUUACGGAUGGUUCUAUUUAUUUUUGUCAUUAAUAUUAAAGUUUAGUGUUGUCCAUAUUAUUGCUAUACUCGAGUACAAUGCAAGUAUUUUGCUGCUCAUCUAAGCUUAGUAAUUUAAAAUGUCAAUUUCAAACCUGGAAUCCUAUUAAAACAUGUUAUUUAAAUUGUAAUCAAUGUUAUCAAGUUAUCGACAGGCCUUUUUAUCGUUUCAAAAACAUAAACCAGAUUAUGUGAUAUUUAUUAUGCUCAUGUCUUCGAUGUAGUAAUAUUGUUUUUAUGAUCUGAAAACUAUUAUAUUUGUACAUUCCAUUAGAAUGUGUUAACACCUAGUAUAUUGUUUACAGGUGACAUAUCAAUAGUGGGUUGCGUCAGUCAACUUUAUCGUUAACUACGUACAGUGCGCCAUUUUAUCAAAAUGAUGUCGGUAAAAUUUUGGUAAAAUAGUGUACAUUACGUUUUUCUGCGCAAGUUAACGUCAAAAUUGACUGGUGCAACGCACCCUUAGUCACUCCAUUUUCAAGGUCAAUUUUAUUAUCUGAGGAACUUCAGUCAUUGACCGAUUUUGAGUGUUAAUUUUAUGCAAUACAUAAUAUUAUUCAUUAAUAUUUAAGAGUCGUGAAGAUACAUAGUUUAAAUGCUUGUUGAGACAGAAGUGUGAACUAUCUGAAGACAAUAAUAACAAUUGUUUAAUAUUGCCCGAAGGGUGUCUAUUGUAUGCAUAGAUGUUGUAUAUUUGUGACACACCGUACAAAUAAAUGUAUGAAUGGUU